CAUCCCCAUCACAAAGCGGGGAAGGUUUGAGGAAGCCAUGUUGACGACGUUGGCGUUGACGCCGCAUUUGGACUAAGCUGUAAAUACUGCUCCAAAGCGGGCUCCUCGUUACGAAGUGUGAAGAAAGACGAGAGCGCUACGAUGUCGGCAGACGACUUCCAGACCAAGUACACCUCCUUCAUGGAGGGUAUAGUGAAGGGUACCGUCGCGGAAACUACCAAACUUUUUGAAACUAUGGUCGACGAAUUAAAGGCGGAAUUAUCCAAGGUCAAGAUGGAGAACGAGGUCCUCAAAACGACACGCAGAGGGAAAGAAAAUUGCCAAACAUCGUCGAUCAGCGAGUCCUGCCAAAGUGAGGGCCCGGAGAUGCGCGACACGGCCGUUCAAUGUGACCUUCUUCCCGGCCCCCCCUUGCUGGGUACGUUGGAUCACCCAAUGGGACUGAGUUCAGGUUAUCAACAGGAAGCGUGGCAUCAAGAGUGGCAUCAAGAGGAGGAGUCGUUCACCCUGCUGUUGGAACAUGACGAUGAUGACGAUGAUGUGCAUGAAGGACAUUCUCAACUGGAAAAACCAGAGGUGUGUGAGCCCACUGUCGUCAGCAAGGAGGUCUCGUGUGCCGUUGCAGACUCUGCAGCAAAGGAAACAGAAGACGCUCAGCCGGAGCAGCAACAUUCGUCUGGAGUUCCCAGAAGAAGCCACAAGAGUCCAGUGAGCACACUUCACGAUUGCAAUUCCCAUGAGACACACGCUCGCUCGGUCGAGUCGCUCGCCACAAUUAGUGACAAGAUGGAAGCGGCGUCCGGCGCUUGUCCCACGACCUUGGGGGCAGCACGGGUUCCAAGUCCCCAACCGACAUCAGGUGAGCGAGCGGGAAGUGAGCCAGCACGUGUCGCCAUGCAGCAGUGCAGCGGUGUUCCUCUUCUGCAGCAACAGCAAGUUGAUGUGACGGCAAAGAAAAACAGAAAAGAGUCCUCCAAGACCGUGAAACGCCUGCAAAAGACUCUGAGAAAAACAGCAACAGUUUCACCAUCAAAUGCAGGUGGAGGACACUACGAAGCGAAGACUUGUACUUCUGUCGGUGACGGGGACGCAUCUUCAGAAAUGUGUCUGAGGUCAAGCGCAAGCAAAGACAUCAGCACGCCCCUAAAGACUACACCCCCACCUGGGAGUCGUAAGAGGCGUAUCUCCACUCAGGAUGUUGAUGCCAGCUCCCAAAAGAGCCCAAGAAAUGAGCCCCACCGGGACGGGUCUGCCCAUAAGAAGACCCAAUCUUCCAGGACGAGAUUCAGUGGAGAUGAUGCUGCUUCCAAAAGGUCCCGUGUACCUUCCAUUACUCACAAAGAGUCCACUUUCAUGAGAGUCCGUGCCAGAUCUAAAAGGCCUUGCAGUCAAUCUCUCAGUAGUUCCAAGUUCGCUGAAGAAGAGCACACUUCCAAACAUUUGAAAAGACCAUCCCGUUCAUUGCUGGGGAACACCGCCCCCCCAGCCACCCAUUGGGUCAAGUUGCCCGAAAUGGCUACCAAGCCCGGAGAAACUGCUGUAAAGAAAUCCAGACCCAAACCACAUUUUAGCAUUUCAGAGAAUGUCAAACUGCGCAAUGGCCAGAAAUUAGCUAAAGCAAAGCCGGUAGCAAAAAGGAGCACAUCCAAGCAAAGCAAAUUGAAUAAAAGGAAUUCUGCCAGCGAUGAGAUGGAAAAGAAAUGCACACCUCAAGCUGUGUCCACUCAAGCGCCAGCCAGGGAAGCCACCCUGUUGAGGAAAACCAGGUCUUCUUUUUCACCGGUCCAGAAGGAGACCCGGUCCCCAAGAUCUCAGAACCAUGCCAUGGACUUUCCCCCCAGUCCUCCUCAGCACCUGCCUAUCGGAUCACUGCUGCAGCCUUUGCCCGUCACUGGUGGCCCCCUGCUCAAGAACCAGUGUGGGGAAUGUGGUCGUGUUCUCAGCAGCAGCGCCGCCCUCGAGAGCCACCUCAGUCUCCAUAAAGGUCACAGACCGUUCUCUUGCACAGUCUGCAGGAAGAGCUUCCCUGACGCCAAGGGUCUGAGACGGCAUGACAGAGUGCACCGCAACGGGAGGAUCCAUACCUGCCAGCAGUGUGGGAAGGGUUUCGUCUAUGUUUACGGCCUCACCAAACAUCUCCAGAUGGUCCACGUGAAGUUUAAACCCUUCGUCUGCCAGAUCUGCAACAAGUCCUUCUUCACCAAGGUAGACGUGGAAGACCACAUACGUCUCCACACGGGGGAGAAACCAUUCCACUGCCACUUGUGUGAAAAGAAGUUUGUCAAGAAAGUGGAACUGAAAGUGCACCUGAAGUGGCAUAAUGGAGAGAAAAGACACUGGUGUCCGUAUUGUGGGAAAGGAUUUUUCGACUACAACAACUGGAAAAGACACAAGUAUAUUCACACCGGAGAGAAACCACAUUCUUGCCCACACUGCGCCAAACAUUUUAAACAGUCGAGCCACCUGAAAAAGCAUGUGAGGAAUGUACAUAAAAUUCAAUGAGAAUUUCUACAUGUCUUUAUGUAUUCAUGCAUUUUGCCUCGUCGCAAAUUGGUAGAGAAAAUGUCUUCAAUAAAAAAUAUAAAGCCA